UACAUACCGUCGUCUCUGCCCUAAGACUCCCGAAACCCGCCGCCCCUCCUGCUGCCCCGCUGCGCGGUCACACUUCUUUCUCACCCAGCUCUUCUCUACUUUCCCCUACCGGUUGCUCUGCCGCGUAGCCUGGCCGGUCCCGCGUCCUGCUACUCUUUGCCGCCGAGCCUCGCCAUAUUUUCUCUUUCUUCACCUUGAUUCUACCUCGGCUUCUCGACAGUGCGUGACACCAGCGCCAUCGGUUGCACCACCGCCCUCGGGCCGCAGCCACCAGCGGCACCGCCUCUGUUAGAACGUUAGAGGUCACGAGAAGAGAGUUUUUGCAGUUAAAAUGAGCUUAAUUUCCCAAAACGCUGUUCUUAAACAACAAAGGGACAAGAAACUUGAUAGAGAAAUAGCUGAUGUGUCUCCGAUUGCACAUGCUGAUGAAGAAGUAGAGCCAGUUGAUGAACUCAAGUUGAAAAAAUCGAAGAAGAGGAGGAGUAAUUCUGAUGAUUCGUCAAAGCAAAAAGCACGCAAAACUGAACAGGAGGAGAUGAAGAGGCUUGAGGGCUUCUUGUUUGGCAACCUUUACACUCCCAUUGAAUUCAACAAGGACACUUACGGAGAUGACGAUGGCCAGGAGCAGGUGGCCAAGGAUGCCCCUUUGUUCUUCAUGGAUAGGUCUACGAGCAAUGAGAUGGUUGUGUUUGAAAACGACUUCUGCGCUAUGGGCAAAGAAGACCUCAGUGAAGAGCGGAAGCCCGUCUGGGUUGACGAGGAGGAAGAAAGGACAGAGGUUGACAUAGUCCGUGUUAAUAGGUUGAGGAAGCUGAGGAAGGAGGCUGACGAGCAUGUGAUCUCAGGUGCAGACUAUGUUGCUCGAUUGCGUGCUCAGCAUGCUAAGUUAAACCCAGGAACAGAAUGGGCAAAUGUUGAUCGGAAGUAUGCUCGCCGUGGCAUUUCUGAGGAUGAGUCUGAUGAUGAAAGUGAUCUCACCAUUGCUCGUGGCUUUGAUGGUGCUGAGGGUGAUGAUAUUCUUCGGGGCAAUGAUGAGCUUGUCAUAAAGGGUGGUACCAAACUUUUGCCUGGAUUGUUGGAGUACUCAAGGCUGGUGGAUGCUAAUGCUGAAGAACCUUCUAAUGGUCCAAUUAACUCGGUCCAGUUUCACAGAAAUGGUCAGUUGCUGCUGACUGCUGGAUUCGAUAGGCGAUUGAGAUUUUUCCAAGUUGAUGGAAAGCGUAAUCCCAAGAUUCAGAGCAUAUUCAUGGAAGACUGCCCGGUACAUAAGGCAUCCUUUUUGCCUGAUGGUACAGAGGUUAUAAUUGCUGGCCGGAGGAAGUUCUUUUAUAGUUUUGAUUUAGUCAAAGCAUCUGUGAGUAAGAUAGGUCCCUUGACAGGUAGAGAGGAGAAAAGCCUGGAGGUUUUUGAGGUUUCUCCGGAUUCAAGCACCAUCGCAUUCAUUGGCAAUGAAGGCUACAUCCUUCUAGUUUCAUCACGAACAAAGGAGCUGAUUGGGACUCUUAAGAUGAAUGGAAGUGCCCGAUCUUUGGCCUUUGCUGAUGGUGGGCAUCAGCUACUGAGUACUGGUGGUGAUGGGCAUGUUUAUCACUGGGACCUUAGAACAAGGAAAUGCAUUCAUAAGGCUGUUGAUGAAGGUAGCAUAACUGGAUAUGCUCUUUGUGCUUCACCUGACAGUUCCUUGUUUGCAGCAGGGUCUAGUAGUGGCAUUGUUAAUGUCUAUAAAAGGGAGGAGUUUCUUGGUGGUAAGCGAAAGCCAUUAAAGACAAUUGAAAAUUUAACCACAAUGGUUGAUCAUAUAAAGUUCAACCCUGAUGCUCAGAUUUUGGCUAUCAGCUCAAGAAUGAAGAAGAAUGGUCUAAAGCUGGUGCAUAUCCCAUCAUUUAAUGUCUUCUCAAACUAUCCCCCUCCCAGAUUUAGCGUGCAGUACCCACGGUGUCUUGAUUUUAGCCCAGGUGGAGGGUUUAUGACAGUAGGAAAUGCUGGUGGAAAGGUUUUGUUGUACAAGUUGCAUCAUUACCAAAAUGCAUGAAGUACACAGGACUGGUUGCCUGAAAGGCUAUAAAAUGUGACAGAAACUGAGGAAAUUAUAACCUGAUUGAAUCCAUUCGUACACUUGUCUCAAAUUCUGAUGUUGUACGCUGGUUGCUUCAGGAAAUGGAAAAGGAACGGAUCAUAUAUUCGUUUGGAUAAGCAAGCUGUAUCUAAUCAAUGAUAAUGCUCCUUGUCCAUAUUACCAGUAAGAGGUAGAGUCUUAUUUUGGGAAUACUUGUUCUGUGAAUGCUUGCUGUGAUGUAUGUCAAGUUGUCAUUCUACCUUUAAUGCAUAUGUAAUAUUAAUGAAAAACAUCCAACCCCUUGCUUUGAUGUUUAAUAACCAAAUUUGAUUGCGGGCUGAGAUCUAAUGUAAAUUGAUGCAGGCAACUGUCACUUAUAUGAUCA